AUGGAUGACCACUUAAACCUAAUCGACUCACCCUGCUCGGUGAGACAAAGAGGCAACAACGUUGAGAACCACGGUUACUUCGAGACGGAGAAGGGCCUCAUGACAGUCGAGAACAUGUUGGAGGAGUCAGUGGCGCUUUCGAGCCACCUGUCCGUGGAUCGAUAUGAGCGAGAGGGCGGACGCGAUUGCUGCGAGAGGGUGGUUAUCAAUAUUUCAGGUUUACGCUUCGAAACUCAACUGAAAACUUUCAACCAGUUUCCGAAAACGUUGCUCGGGGACCCCAGAAAGAGGAUGCGUUACUUUGACCCACUGAGGAACGAGUACUUCUUCGACAGAAACCGACCCAGCUUUGAUGCCAUUCUCUAUUAUUACCAGUCAGGAGGGCGCAUCCGGAGACCUGUUAACGUGCCCAUUGACAUCUUCUCUGAGGAGAUCAAUUUCUAUCAACUCGGGGAAGAGGCUAUGGAAAAAUUCCGAGAGGACGAAGGAUUCAUAAAAGAAGAGGAACGUAUUUUACCCAGUAAUGAAUUCCAAAAGCAGGUUUGGCUUUUGUUUGAAUACCCUGAAAGCUCUGGGCCAGCAAGGGGAAUAGCUAUCGUCUCAGUGCUUGUCAUUUUAAUAUCAAUUGUUAUAUUCUGUUUAGAGACCUUGCCUGAGUUUCGGGAUGACAGGGAACCUGUCCCGUUAGCACUUACAGUCAAUGGGACGGCCUCCUACCACGCAAAUCCAUUCACCGACCCUUUCUUUGUGAUAGAGACACUUUGCAUAAUUUGGUUCUCUUUUGAGUUGCUGGUCAGGUUCUUCGCGUGCCCCAGCAAAUCCACGUUCUCAAAAAACAUCAUGAACAUCAUCGACAUUGUCGCCAUAUUUCCCUACUUUAUCACUUUGGGGACAGAACUGGCUGAGAAGCAGGGUAACGGUCAGCAAGCCAUGUCCCUGGCCAUUCUCAGAGUGAUAAGGCUCGUGAGAGUCUUUCGCAUCUUCAAGCUCUCCAGGCACUCUAAGGGGCUACAGAUUUUAGGGCAGACACUAAAGGCCAGCAUGAGGGAACUUGGACUGUUGAUAUUUUUCCUUUUUAUUGGAGUUAUCCUUUUCUCCAGUGCUGUUUAUUUUGCCGAGGCUGAUGACCCCUCCUCCAGUUUCACAAGCAUCCCAGAUGCGUUCUGGUGGGCUGUGGUCACCAUGACUACUGUCGGCUAUGGAGACAUGCACCCUGUGACAAUUGGUGGCAAAAUUGUUGGGUCAUUGUGUGCUAUUGCCGGAGUGUUGACUAUCGCUCUCCCUGUGCCGGUUAUUGUCUCCAACUUCAAUUACUUUUACCAUAGGGAGACUGAUGGAGAAGAGCACGCACAGUACUUGCAUGUCAGCAGCUGCGAGCACCUACACUCAGCAACAGAGGAGCUGAAAAGGACUCGUAGCACGUCAUCUCUGAGCAAGUCAGAAUAUAUGGUUAUAGAGGAGGGCAUCAACAGUGGGUAUAAACAGCCCAACUUCACCAAUGAGAAUAACCAAAACUGCGUGAACAUCAAAAAGAUAUUCACGGACGUGUAA